UUUCAUGAUCGCAGCUAGCAGCGAGUACGUAUUGUGUGCGGUACGGUUGCCGUUAUAGCACGGUCUACAAAUUAUAGGAUUUUCACAGUGACAGAACUAUACGUACUACUGUACGUACUGCGAUUUUCGUGCUGUCACUUAUGACAUAAGACCGCAAUGAGGAGUUUACAGGGUUAUAUUCUACCGGUCGUUGAGAUCCUGGCACUAAUUCAAAUAGUGCUAUGUCAACAGGAAGACACCUUGGAGGUACAACUGUAUAGUUAUUCACGGCAGUGCUUCGUUUGCAAAUAUGGCUACGGAAAUCGGGUGAUCGUUCCAGACACUCAGUCAUCAAGAGUAUUGGAGCUGAGUGAGCUAGACGAUUGUGGAGAUCGCACUCGCAUGGGCUACACUGAUAGCGAAUACAUAGAGACCUGUAAUGGACAGUGCAUCAAGGAGAAGACGUAUGUUGAUGGCCGACAACUUGUGAAACGCUAUUGCUAUCUGGAGCCGAUCGAUGCCGAGUUUACGAUGGCUGACCAGUGUGUGACAUAUCAGCGACCCGGCUACACCACCGAGGUCUGCUACUGCAGUGAAGAACUCUGCAACUCAGCAGCCACACCCUAUACGGCCAUCGCUCUUGUUAUGUCCACUCUUUCCAUGCUCGCUGUGCAAUGCUUCUAGGCAGACUUGUGAGUUGUGACACUGUGAUCCAUGGCAGGAAAGUAAGGAGCUGACACAUGGUGGACGCGGGAGACUCAGUAAACACACAUUAACUGGAGUUCUACUUCCAAAGUUGAUGCAGUGGUUAUGCCAUUCCGUUAUUUCAAAUAACAUUCCAUUCAUAAGGGUGUGUAGUUGUAUCCCAUGAAUAAAAAUGAUUCGGUUUGUUACAUUUUGAGGUUGUAACUGUUGUGGUCAUUCUGACGUUUUCGCAUAUGCUGAAGGGGGUUUGUAAGUUCAUGGGGCACUGCCCCCUCUGGCAUUGAAUUCGUUAUAGACAUAACAUGCUACUCGAUUGCAUUCUAAGAAUAAAGUACAAAAUAUUGAUGGCAUGUAUUAACAGUCAGAUAUCUGACCAUGUGCAAGCUUCCUCUUGAAUGCAGCUUCAAGUCUAUUAGCAGGAACUUGUGUCCCUGCAGAAUAUUUUCGUUAACCGAAUCUGUUGGCAUAGGUUGCAGCUUUAGUUGUUAGGAAUGGUCGGAUUCAGUUUCAGGCUCCUCUGGAAGCUGACAACCUCUUAUGUGACAUUUUAUAAUGAGAAAAUGAAAACAAAUAUGUAUAUAGUAUGACAUUUUGUAUGUUUACAUUUUAUUACGCUGUGAUGUAAUGCAAUGUUUAGUUAUUUUACAAUACGGAGUGACUUUAGUAUUUUUAUAUGUAUUUCGUGAAUUGAUAUUCAUGAAAUAGGUCACGAACACAAUCCAUUCAAAAACGCCUAUCUUGUCGUCAUUUGCACUGUUGCACUGUUGUAAUGUAUGUAGAUGUUAAUAUAGUUCUGGUUUGGUUUUUAUGUCGUGUUGAUACAAAUCAACUGUCUGUUAUAACAUUUUAUUAAUAUUGUAUGUGACAUGCUAUUCCAUCCAACUAUGAUUGUAUAAAUCAUUGCUGAAGUGUUAGGUAGAGAAUAUGAAACAAAAAAUGUGCUGGAAGUGAAAGUA